AUGAUAUUAUGUUUAAAAAUAUUGGCAGGAUUAGUAUUCUUUGUGAUCUGGACAACUUUGGUUUAUGAUUUUAUUGCAUAUUGGUGUUGGUCAGAUAAUGGAUGGUUUGCACAUUUGGGUGGACUUGAUUUUGCUGGCGGGACACCAAUACACAUUUCAUCAGGUUCUGCUGCUCUGGCUUAUUCAUAUGUAUUAGGUCCAAGAAGAGACAUUGGUACAGGUGAUUUUAGACCUCAUAAUAUCAUGAAUGUCAUCCUAGGCACUGCACUGCUCUGGUUUGGUUGGUUUGGUUUCAAUAGUGGAAGUGUAUUAUCAAUUGAUACAAGAACAAUCUUAGUAUGUACUGUGACAAACCUAGCAGCAUCAAUGGGUGGUUUAACAUGGAUGUUGAUAGAUUACCGAUUCGAACAUAGAUUCUCUGUGGUUGGGUUUUGUUCAGGUGCAUUGGCAGGAUUGGUGUGCAUUACACCUGCUGCUGGGUAUAUUAGCAUACCAUCAUCGUUGCUUUUUGGUAUUUUUCCAGGAGUAAUUUGUAACAUUCUUGUCAAAUUAAGAGAUAUGAUGAUGCUUUGGAUGUGUUUGCAAUACAUGGUAUUAGGUGGUGCUUUAGGGAGCUUGUUGACUGGUAUAUUUGCACAAAAAGAGAUUGCUUUAUUAGAUGGACUUGGUUAUAGUUUUGUUAUAACCUUGUUAAUACUACUUGCUAUGGAUCAAAUUACUGUAUUGAAAUUGAGGGUUAGAUCUAAUGAGGGAGAUGAUGGAAUUGACAAGUCAGAGUUAGGUGAAGUGGGAGAUAACCCUCAGGAUGAAAGGAUGAAAAUUGUGCCAGAGAUGAAUGAUACAGAUCAAAGA